AAAACUGGGCCUAAUGGGGGGUUCGCUUGAAAUAUUGUUUUUGCCCCCCUCACCAAGAUUUCCCCUUGCUUGGCGAGGAAGACGACGUUCCGUUCUCUUUGCUGCAUUGCGCGUUGGAAGCACGGAUUGAGCUUGCAUUGCUGCAAAACAAGGAAUUGUAUCACCUGCAAGAGCGAUUUCAGGGAAGAUUCUACAGGCGCCAUGGCUCAAUCUGCUGCUGUCGCUUCUCGGGCUACCGUGCAGUUGUCCGUGGCUGCGGCCCGGUCCGGCGCAGCGAGCAGCAGCUUCAAGGGAACCGCUCUCCCAGCGAUCCCGCAGCUUGGAUCAUGCGCAAGGAAGAGCGUAGUGGUUAGGGCCACGGCGGACAAGCCUGCCAAGGUUGAGAGGGACACCAAGGGCCUCUUCUUCCCCUCCAAGCAGUCUCUGGCUUACCUUGACGGGACUCUUCCCGGUGACAAAGGAUUUGACCCUCUGGGCCUCCUUGACCCUGAGGGCGACGGCGGUUUCCUCAACUCUGAAUGGCUUCCCUAUGCCGAGAUCAUCAACGGCAGGUUUGCCAUGCUCGGCGCCGCUGGCAUGAUCGCACCGGAGGUUUUGGGCAAGAUGGGCCUAAUCCCGGCCAAGACUGCUCUCCCGUGGUUCAAGUCGGGUGUCUUCCCCCCUGCUGGUGACUACAGCUACUGGGCAGACUCGUACACCCUGUUCGGUCUUGAGUUGGUCCUUAUGGCCUUCGCUGAGCACAAGAGGCUGGCUGACUACAGGAAGCCCGGCAGCCAGGGCAAGGUCUUCUUCCUGGGUAUGGAGAAGUUUCUUGGCGGCUCCGGCGAGCCUGCCUACCCCGGAGGCCCUUUCUUCAACUUUGCUGGGUUUGGAAAGGAUGAGAAGUCAAAGAAGGAUCUGAGGGACAAGGAGCUGGAGAACGGCAGGCUGGCGAUGCUCGCUGUGCUUGGGUACUUCGUUCAGGGCAUCUCCACCGGAAAGGGGCCUUUCGAAAACCUGCUAGAUCACUUGAGCUCACCAACCGCAAACAACAUCCUCACCACGUGGGGAACUCCCCCCGGUCUAUAGAUAGUGAGAGCCGUGCAAGCGUAUGAACAACUGUGUUGAAAGCUGCAGCCCAUUGUAAAGUCAUUCGGCUGCUUGCCCAUCCAACUGUACAAUUUGACUGACUUAAACGGCACCGGUCCGCCGUGCGCAUACAAGAUGUCUCUUUGGACGCUCGGCAGUUUGUGUUUGAGCUAGAGGUUUCCAUUUCUCGGAGUUGCAUGUUGGGCAACAAUAAUUGAAGGCAUAGCUGAGCCGUUAGUUUCAACACCUGCCAGCUCGUCGCGCGUGAAUCAAAGCUGCUGCUGAUACGUGCACAGUGUUCGGUCAGUCAAAUACGAACAGGGCUUGAAUGCAUGUGACCCGGGCCUAGGCUUGCAAAGGGCAGUUCCACGGAUUACCAAGUCUUCAGGCUCAUUCGGAGUCCCAGAUUAUAUGUUAUGCUCAUCUGAGUUUCAAUUGGAUGUUAAACUUGUUUGGUCUGGCCUCGAUGCUAAGGAAAUAGAGCCCCUCUUGUUCGUACAUUCGCAAGUAAAACCAUG